GGGGGGGGGGGGGCGUCCAAAACGGUACUAGAUGGGUGUACCUAAUAAACUGACCACUGUGUGUGUAUGUGGGUACACUAUCCCGUUCACGAAAAUGGCCAGUCAAGUUCUUCCACACCGAUCUCGACAAACCGUUUCUAUAUGGACCUCGCUUAGGGCACGGGGGCAUUGUCAUGCUGAAACAGGAAAGGGUAUUGACUCCCGGAUGUGAAUACUUAUGUAAAUUAGAUAUUUAUGUAUUUCAUUUUCAAUAAAUUAGCAAAAAUUCCGAAAAACAAGUUUUCACUUUGUCAUAAUGGGGUAUUGUGUGUAGACGGGCGAAUAAUUAAAAAAAUAUAUAUUUAGAAUUCUGGCUGUACACCAAGAACAUGUGGAAUAAUUAUAUAUGCGUAUAUAUAAUCUAUCACAUUGAAUAUACAAAACAUUAAGAACACCUGCUCUUUUCAUGACAUAGACUGACCAGGUGAAUCCAGAUGAAAGGUAUGACUCCUUAUCCAUGUCACUUGUUAAAUCCACUUCAAUCAUUGAUCCUAAGACCAGCACUGCUACACUGAGACGCUUUUAUGAAUACGGACCCGUGACAUGGCUGGCCCCAGUUGAAGUAGCUCAAGAUACAAACACUUUUACUAUGUGUGGUCUGUACUGUUUAACAAGGGAGUAUCUGCAUGGCCGGGUCGGCUACCCUUCAGUUAAUGUCAACAGAGCUGCCUCAGGAUCCUGACCUGACAGGAUUCUUUGUAAACCCUUAAAAGAGAAGACAUGAGACACACAAAGACAGGACAGAUAAAGGAAAGCUUGAAGGAGAAUAGUGAGAGUUGGUUGUGUAACUAAGCUGUGUUACCAGUUUCUUCUUUUUCUAAGCAGCUUUUAUAAACCCCACAAUAUAAUUACUAGGAAGUUCAUCUAACAGCUUAUAUAAACACAACACUAUAAUUACUAGGAAGUUCAUCUAACAGUUUAUAUAAACCCUACAAUAUAAUUACUAGGAAGUUCAUCUAACAGCUUAUAUAAACAUAACAAUAUAAUUACUAGGAAGUUCAUAGCAGCUUUUUGUUGUUGCUGUGUGGGAUAAUGAAUAGAUGAUUGACUGACAUCACAUGACUUGUUGAGGCUGUUGUUUUAAUAGAUUAGACACCAUAUGAAGCAUAACCUCUCUCUCUCUCCUUGUCUCCUUCCCACCCUUCCUCUCUCCUUCCCACCCUUCCUCUCAAUUCAAUUCAAGGGACUUUAUUGGCAUGGGAAACAUGUGUUAACAUUGCCAAAGCAAUGAUGUCUAGCUGGUUGAAGGACGGGGAGGUGUUGGUAGGUGAGGGAAGCGGAACUGCGUCCCCAUUCAACCUCAGACAGAAGAUCUUCUCAACCCCAGGCGGAAGUGGCAGGGGGGUAGGGGGGCGCGGCCAUGGGGGGUCACCUAGCUUCAAGGAAGGGCUGUCCGGGAUGGUGCAGCCAGAGACCAUGGGGAAGGCCAAAGAGCUGUUUGUUCUCUGUGAUAAAGAAGGAAAAGGCUUCAUCACCAAGAGAGAUAUGCAGAGACUGCAGGGUGAGUUACCUCUCUCCCCAGAACAGCUGGAGUCAGUUUUUGAGAGUCUGGACAGAGACAGAAACGGAUUCCUAACUCCUGUCGAGUUUAACAUGGGCCUCGGGGAGUUGAUGGGGGUGGAGGAGAGCACAGAGAAAAAGAAGACCGAGACGGAGGAAAAGGAAGACCUAGGUGAACUCCGAUUUAUUCAGAUACUGACGGAGCUGGGAGCUGACAAGCUCUUCAAAGAUCAGCGCGAGCUAGGUACUCUGUGGUGUGCGCUCCAGAGAGACAGACCGGAGCUGCUCUCUAUCCUGGAGGACGUCCUAGUCCACGCUGUGUCUCAUCUACAAGACUCACUGAGGGAGAGAGACAGUUUGGAACAGGCUCUACGCAGGCGGGAGAGUGACCAUGACAAGGUGGUUCGGUCCAUAUACGAGGAGAUGGAGAGUCAGAACAGAGAGGAGAGAGAGAAACGACUCGCUCAGGACAGUAUCAGACAGUGGGACAGAAGACAGAAGAUUGCUGAGGAGCUGAAGACGACGGAGCAGGAACUGGAGAUCACCCUGGCCAAGCAGAGAGAGCUGGAGGCUCGUAUCCAGGCGCUGGGCUGUGAGCAGGCAGACAUCAGGGUCCAGAAUCAGAAGCUCCACAGCCUGAACAUACAGCUCCAGGAGCAGCUGGAGACCAGCAGAGAGGAGCUACAGAAAGCCCUGAAACAAUUACAGUUCCUACAGUCAAACACGGCCCAGGAGGAGAGGAGCAGAGAGAGGACUGUGCUCAAGGUCUCCAAGAACAUGCAGAAAGAAAAAGACAGUCUGCAGAGGCAGUUGGAGUUACUGAGGGAUAUGAACAAACGUCUGAGAGAUGAGAAAGACACACAUCAGUCCCAGAAGAGGCCUCCCAAUGUCAGGAAGCCUCUUCGGAAGAAAGGCUCAGUGAUAGGGAACUACAUACUGCAAGACAAGCCAAUGGAAAGGCAGCUGAGCUCAUUCGGCCAAUCAGAGCUGGAGCUGACUUCAGGUGGGAUACCAUCUAACUCGUCCAAGAGAAGACAGACAUUCAGAGAACACAGCUGUGACGAUAAUGGACGGACUGAAGCGAUACAGGCCAGACUGACCAGCACCCACCCUCAGAGGGUAUUCAAGGUGGUGUUUUUGGGGAACUCGGGAGUGGGCAAAAGCUCCUUCAUCCAUCACUACUGCAAUGGACACUUCCCCAACACACUGGGCACCACUGUGGGUGUAGACUUCCAGAUGCGUGCUGUGACACUGGGCUCCACCACCAUCGCUCUUCAGCUCUGGGAUACUGCAGGACAGGAGAGGUUCCGCAGCAUUACCCAGCAAUACUAUCGCAAGGCUGAUGGAAUCCUCACCAUGUAUGACAUCACUGACUCCGCCUCCUUCUCCGCGGUCAGAGGGUGGAUGGACCUUGUGCAGCAAAGGAUGUCUGAGGGGGCGGUCCUGAUGCUCCUGGGAAACAAAAUUGAUUUAUCAGAAGCUCAGAAGAGGGAGGUUACCACCAGAGAGGGACAGCGAUUGGCUGAGCAGGACAAUGCAGUAUUCUAUGAGUGUAGUGCAAGGAGUGGAUACAACAUAGAGGAACUGAUGACACAGCUGGCGUGGUUGUUAUCGGCCCAGCAGGAUCAGCAAUGUGAGGAGACUCUCCAUCUGUCAGCUGACCACUCCAACCGAGACAACAGGAAGAGCUGCUGCAAGUAGGACAGGAACGUAGAGCUAGAAAGAGGGUUUAUCUUUGUAUCUGUGCCAUAAUGGCAGUUGUGACAUCAUGGGCAGCGCCAUUGAGAACUUUCUCCAUUUUUAAAGUGGUCAAUUAUCUUCUUAUUUUGUGUUUAUAAAAAGCAUUAAUCUACACUGAACAAAAAUAUAGACACAACAUGUAAAUUGUUGGUCCCAUGUUUCAUGAGCUGAAAUAAAAGAUACCAGAAAUGUU